UUCCAUUAGUUUAGUUUAGUUUAGUUUAACACCCUCUCAAAUCUCUCUCAUUUCCUCCACUUCCACACUUACCAAAACCCUUCAUUUACUCCUUCUACAACACAACCAUAGCUAAACCCACUUAUUAUAUAUAUAAUUAAAAACCUCAUCAACAUAACAACAAAGCAACUUCUUUUCUCAAAAAAAUCAUGCUUUUUAAAGCUCACCCACAUAAUUCCCACUCAUUAUCUUUGUUGCUUAAAGCUCUUCCCCUCCCACCUCUCCCUUAUCCCCUCUCCCUCUCUCUCUCCCCUAAACCCCAUCAAUUUCAAAACAAAUUCCUUCCCUUACACAAAACAAAUAACUACACACACAUCCCCUCCUCUUAAAAACCAGAAAGACCCACCACACAGAUUAAACUACAAACUCACUGAUCACAACCUCUCUCAUAAGAAAAAAAGGAUCACCCACACAAACAUCAUCAUACACAAACACACACACUCACUCACUCACUCACACUCAACGCACCAACAACUUUAUUUCCUCUCCAUGCGAUCAUGGAAGGAGGCGACGAUCUCCACCAUCAUCACCACCACCACCACCGUCAGAACUUCCCAUUCCAGCUCCUGGAGAAGAAAGAAGACCAAGAAGCGGCCUCAUGCUCCACCUCCUCCCCCUACCCUUCCCUAGCAAUCUCCGCGGAACCCACCACGUCCAAUUCCACCCGAUCCAACCAGCUAGCGGCGGCGUCGGACCCUCCAAACAGACAAAAGCCCCCACCCAAACGCACGUCGACCAAGGACCGGCACACGAAGGUGGACGGUCGUGGCCGCCGCAUCCGAAUGCCCGCUCUCUGCGCCGCUCGCGUCUUCCAACUCACGCGCGAACUCGGUCACAAGUCCGAUGGCGAAACCAUCGAGUGGCUCCUCCAGCAGGCGGAGCCUGCCGUCAUCGCCGCCACCGGGACCGGAACCAUCCCCGCUAACUUCACCUCUCUCAACAUCUCCCUCCGCAGCUCUGGCUCCUCCAUGUCCGUCCCCUCCCAGCUCCGGUCUUCCUACUUCAACCCCAACUUCUCCCUCCAACAACGGCGCACCUUGUUCCCCGGCAUCGCCUUAUCCUCCGACACCAACCCAACCAACACCUCCACACUUCUCAAUUUCCAAUCCAACAACCUGAACACCUCCAUGCUCCAGGCGAAGCCCGAAGCUCCCUCCACCUUAGAUUUGUCCGACACAAGCGCGGAGGAAUCAACCCUAGGCCGGAAAAGAAGACCGACGGAACAAGACCUAUCCUCCUCCUCGCAGCACCAAAUGGGAAGUUAUCUCCUCCAGUCGAGUGCAGGCACGAUUCCUGCGAGCCACGCCGCCAACAUAUGGAUGGUGGCCAAUUCAAACACUAAUCAAGUCAUGAGUGGCGAUCCCAUAUGGACCUUCCCUCCGGUUAACAACAGUGCCUUGUAUCGAGGCACCAUGUCUAGUGGGUUGCAUUUCAUGAACUUCCCCACGCCCAUGGCACUUUUGCCGAGUCAGCAACUGGGGUCUUCUGGGAUUGGUGCUGUUGGGGGAAGCAGUAAUAAUAAUAGUAAUAACAACGGCAAUAAUAAUAUGAACGAAGGGCAUUUGAGUAUGCUUGCGGGGCUCAGUCCUUAUCGUCCUGUUAUCGGCGUUUCUGAAUCUCAGGCGAGCGGCUCGCAAUCGCAUCGUGGAGGUGCGGCAGAUGAUCGCCAUGAUACCACCAGUCACCACUCCUAGAGGGUACCAUAUCAUAUCAUGUGAUGUGGUGUGAUCACCGUAAAUUCUUCUUCUUACUUGUGGUCUAGUUUGAUUGAUGCUGGCGGAUGCAUGAUGGAUAGAUGGAUGUGUUUAACACACGUGAGGUUUGGUUGAUGAUCUUCGAAAUUCAGUUUUAUUUAUUCCCAAAAUUAAUUUUUUGGUGUGAUUAAUAUUUUGGAGGGGACGGAGGGAGAAAGGAGGAGGAGGAGGGUUUUUUAGGGUUUGGCAGAUGACAGUAUUUAACAAUUGGGUAUUUCGCUGCCUGCUUCUUCUUUUCUUUUUCUCCUUUUUUUUGCUGGUAAAAAAAUGUCUUCUUUGAUUGAGUUAUUUCACUA